UCCUAGGACCUCACAUUUGGUUCGCUGAUGCUUAUAAAGAAAGGAAUCAUGUCACGUCUGGGCUGAUAAAACUCAAAGGGUGCAGAUUAACAAGAAAGGCUCUUAUGUCAGAGUUUUAGAAUGGCCAGUGAAGGCUCCACUAUUCCCAGUCCUGUCGUCCGCCAAAUUGAUAAGCAGUUCCUGAUCUGCAGCAUAUGUCUGGACCGCUACGAGAACCCAAAAGUUCUGCCCUGCCUGCACACCUUUUGUGAAAGGUGCCUACAAAAUUACAUCCCGGCUCACAGCCUCACCCUGUCGUGCCCCGUGUGCCGCCAGACCUCUAUCCUCCCGGAGAAAGGUGUGGCGGCGUUGCAGAACAACUUCUUUAUCACCAACCUGAUGGAUGUGCUGCAGCGGGUGCCAGACAGCUGCAGCCAGGAGGCCGCCGCCGCCGCGCUCAACAACAUUUCCACGGUGGCUACGGGACGGCUGCUCUCCUGCCCCAACCAUGGAGGAAGUGUGAUGGAGUUUUAUUGCCCUCCGUGUGAGACAGCCAUGUGUCAGGAGUGCACAUGUGGAGAACAUGGAGAACAUCCCACUGUGCCUCUUAAAGACGUUGUGGAGCAGCACAAAGCCUCGUUACAGGAGCAGCUGAAUGCUGUCAAGAAGAGGUUGCCGCAGAUCGACUCAGCCCUGCAGACGUUGUCAGAGAUUCUGCAGCAGCUGACCAAUCAGAAGAGCGCCAUCGAGGACGACGUCCACAGCACCUUUGACGAGCUGCAGAAGACACUCAACGUUCGCAAGAGCGUUCUACUGAUGGAGCUGGAGGUCAACUAUGGCCUCAAGCAGAAGGUACUUCAGGCCCAGCUCGACACCUUGCUGCAGGGUCAGGAGGGCAUCACCAGCAGCUGUAACUUCACAGAGCAGGCCCUGAGCCAUGGCACCGAGGCAGAGGUGCUACUGGUCAAGAAGCAGAUGGGUGAACGUCUCAUUGAGUUGGCCAAUCAAGAGCUUCCUCUGCAGCCUGGAGAGAACGAACAACUGGACUUCCUCGUGGAGACGGAUGGCUUAAAGAAGUCUAUCCACAACUUGGGUGCUAUUGUAACCACAAAUGCCGUGGCGUCUGAGUCAGUAGCCACGGGGGAGGGGUUACGCCACUGCGUGGUGGGUGUGCCCACGUCUGUCACCAUAACCACUAAAGACAAAGAUGGGGAGCUGUGCAAAAUGGGUAAUGCCGUUAUCACUGCUCAAAUCUCCUCAUCCGAUGGCAGCAGAGGAGACGGAGAGAUUCUGGACAACAAGAACGGCACCUAUGAGUACCUGUACUCACUUCCUAAAGAGGGCACUUUCACCUUAUCACUACGUCUAUAUAACCAACACAUCAAAGGAAGUCCUUUUAAAAUAAAGGCCACCAAAUCCACGGAUGUUUCGCCGACUUCAGACGGCACAAAGAAGAGGCUGAAGUCCCCGGGCAGCGGACACAUCAAGCAGAAAGCCUUCAAGAGGCCAGCAAGCAUGUACAGCACAGGGAGACGGAAAGAGAACCCCAUUGAAGACGAUCUCAUCUUCAGAGUGGGUACGAAAGGAAGAAACAAAGGAGAGUUCACAAAUCUGCAGGGAGUGGCUGCCUCCCCCCUGGGGAAGGUGCUGAUAGCAGACAGCAACAACCAGUGUGUUCAGAUAUUUUCUAACGACGGUCAGUGCAGGAGUCGUUUUGGGGUCCGGGGCAGGUCUCCUGGUCAGAUGCAACGACCAACAGGCGUCGCAGUUCACCCCAACGGUGAUAUCAUCAUCGCCGACUACGACAACAAGUGGAUAAGCAUCUUUUCAAGUGAAGGAAAGUUCAAGAACAAGAUCGGUUUGGGAAAGCUGUUGGGUCCUAAAGGCGUGGCCGUGGACAGAAACGGACACGUCAUAGUCGUUGACAACAAGGCUUGCCGCGUCUUCAUCUUUCAGGCCAAUGGCAAGCUGGUCACCAAGUUUGGUAGCCGUGGCAACAGUGACACGCAGUUUGCAGGUCCUCACUUUGCUGCUGUCAACAGUAACAAUGAAAUCAUUAUAACGGAUUUCCACAACCACUCAGUCAAGGUGUUCAACACAGAAGGAGAAUUCUUGCUGAAGUUUGGUUCAAACGGUGAAGGAAAUGGUCAGUUCAACGCCCCCACAGGGGUAGCAGUGGAUGCUAAUGGGAACAUCGUUGUAGCAGACUGGGGCAACAGCAGGAUACAGGUGUUUGAUGGCAGCGGCUCCUUCCUUUCAUACAUCAACACCUCAGCAGACCCGCUCUACGGCCCGCAGGGACUGGCGCUCACCUCAGAUGGACAUGUCGUGGUUGCUGAUUCGGGCAACCACUGCUUCAAAGUCUACCGAUAUCUGCAAUAGCCCAAUCUUUACUCCUGUGUAUAUGUAUGGAUAUACUGUCACCCUGUACAG